GUUCUAUAUCCCUUCUCCCAUUUUGUUUUCACAACCACCCUCUGAGGCUUCUUUUCUAAAUAAAAUGUCUAAUGGUUAUGAAGAUCACAUGGCUGAAGACUGCAGGGACGAUAUCGGGAGGACAAACUUAAUCGUUAACUACCUCCCUCAAAACAUGACCCAGGAUGAGUUACGGAGCCUGUUCAGCAGCAUCGGAGAAGUUGAAUCUGCGAAGCUGAUACGUGACAAAGUUGCAGGGCACAGCUUGGGCUACGGCUUUGUGAACUACGUGACAGCAAAGGAUGCGGAGAGAGCAAUAAACACACUGAACGGCCUGAGACUGCAGUCCAAGACCAUCAAGGUGUCGUAUGCCCGCCCAAGCUCUGAGGUUAUCAAAGACGCAAACUUGUACAUCAGCGGACUGCCCAGGACGAUGACGCAGAAAGACGUAGAAGACAUGUUUUCACGGUUUGGCCGCAUUAUCAACUCCCGUGUGCUGGUUGACCAGACUACAGGACUUUCCAGAGGGGUUGCCUUUAUCCGGUUUGACAAGCGGUCUGAGGCUGAAGAGGCCAUCACAAACUUCAACGGCCACAAGCCUCCGGGUUCCUCCGAGCCGAUCACUGUGAAGUUUGCCGCCAAUCCCAACCAGAACAAGAACGCGGCGCUGCUCUCGCAGCUGUACCACUCACCAGCGAGACGGUUCGGGGGGCCCGUCCACCACCAGGCUCAGAGAUUCAGGUUCUCUCCUAUGGGUGUAGAUCACAUGAGUGGGCUUUCUGGUGUAAAUGUCCCAGGAAACUCCUCUUCGGGCUGGUGUAUCUUCAUCUACAACCUCGGCCAAGAUGCCGAUGAGGGAAUCCUCUGGCAGAUGUUUGGCCCCUUUGGCGCGGUGACUAACGUCAAAGUCAUCCGCGACUUCAACACCAACAAGUGUAAAGGCUUCGGCUUUGUGACAAUGACAAACUAUGAAGAAGCCGCCAUGGCCAUAGCGAAUCUUAACGGCUACCGCUUGGGGGACAAAAUCUUGCAGGUUUCCUUCAAAACCAACAAGUCCCACAAAUAACUUCGCUCGUGGCUCUUUCUUUUUUUUUGUAUGGAAUAGAUAAUUGAGUGACGGAAAAGUUUGAAACUUUUUUUUUGUUUUGUUUAGCAUACAACUCAUUUCUGCGCCAAUUUUCACAAAAGUUGUGUGUCUUUAGUCUAAACAAGAAGCGGAAAAGGGGUUUUUAUAUUCUGGGAUGCCACCGACAUGUUCAAAUGUUUGUUUUUUAAAAAAAGAGUCUUGCAAUGUUCUAUUGGUUUCCGAUGCCCCUUAAGCGGUUCCCUUCACUCUCUGCCCUUGAGCCCCGAAGUCUAAACUGAUUACACCAGCUAGAUCUCUGGGGCAGCGGUGAAACCGAAUCCAAGAUCCUUUCCCUUAAGAGACCAGUUGUGGGUUCUGCCGAAGGGAGCCUGCCGAGGCCCAGAUUGAAUAGAGCAUCCUCCCUCCCCUCCCCCCCGCCCCCACCCCGGAAGAUUUAAAUUGAUGAUCGCAACUAGACUUGAGGGACGGCAGCGGACGCUGGCCUGGCCAAGGCCGGAACCUGGCCAACCUUAGGACAGCCAGGCCCAGCAAAGGACGGAAGCAGAAGCAAACUUUGCCUCUGCCACCCGCCUUCCAAAUUGCAAUUAAUUUUGUAGAAUAGACAGUCCGAAUACAAACGUGCCAGUGUUUUAGAACACCAUUGACCAGGUUGGUUGAUGGAUGGGCAAAACAUAAAACUGGAAAACUUUUAAAAGUUUUCUGCCUCUUUUCCUUUUUUCCCCAAAAAACAAAACAAAAAGAAUCAAAAGCCGAAUUCCGAUAACCAUGGACCAAAGAGUUUCAGAGAGACUCUGGGGAGAUAGCAGAGUAAAGGAAAUGAUGAAACUCCAGAACCAGGCGUGAACUUCCUCAGAGUUCUUACCUCCAAACGGUACCUCCUGGUGCAUUGCUUUCUGUUAUCAGAAACAUGGCAAGAUUUAACCUCCUUUCAAAUAUAAUUUUUAGUAUGGAUUCUUGAGUUUAGGUUUCUUUUAUAAAACCUUGUUAUGAACAUUUGAGCAUUGUAACUUUUUUGCAUCCCUUCUAAGAAGUGCUAGAUUUUUUUUGUUUGUAUCUUAAUAGGAGGUUUGUUCUGCUUUACAUACUGAACGUUCUGCAGAAAGAGUACAGUAAAACAUGCAAGUUAGAGAUUUAACAAAGACGAAAUUUUGUUUUUUUUUGUUUUUUUGUAGACUUAAGAUUUUAAUUAAUCCCCAAAGUUUUCUGCA